AUGGCAUCAUCCUAUCCAGCCCUCCUUCGGGGCGAUUCGGCUGCCUUCACUGCGGCCCUCCGGACUCUGAUCAACAACCCACAGUUCAGUGAUGUGACCUUCUUGGUUGGGAGAGAGCAGCAGGAAGUCUUUGCCCAUCGCUGCCUCCUUUCUUCUCGCUGCCAGGCAUUCCAUGCAAUGUUGAGCCAGCCCCAGGAGACGCAAGCCCCACUUCUCCUGAGCCAUGUACAGCCAGAGGUGUUCCUUGCAGUCAUUGAGUACCUGUACACUAAUAGCAUCACCCUCAACAAUGCCAUUGCCCUGGAGGUGCUGACCUCAUCCAUGGAGUAUGGGCUGAAUGACCUCAGAAAGCUGUGUGUUGAAUUCAUCAAAGACUCCCUGACUGUGGAGCAGGCAUGUGAGGCCUUGCAGGCAGCAGUAGCAUAUGGGCAGAUGGAUCUCCAGAUGCAUUGCGUGGCUUUCAUCGAGAACUGCACCCGGGAGGUGGUGCACACACGUGGCUUCUUGGAGCUGUCCGAAUUGGCAAUGCAAACUAUCUUGCGGAGCGACUGCCUGGUUAUUGAUGAGGUGGAGCUGAUUCAUGCUGUUCAGGAAUGGGCUCGUGUUGGCUCUGCAGUGCUCGGACGUCCAGUGCAUGAUGUGGCAGAGGGAGUCAUCCGUGAGCUGCGUCUAGCUCUGCUGUCACCCAGCGAGCUGACUACCCUGGAGAAGGAGAAUAAAAAGGACCAGAUGAUUCCAAUAGAGAGUUUGGCUGAGGCCUGGAAGAUGCAUGCUUUAUGGAAGGGGCGUGGAACGCGAUCCUGCCUGUGCCGGCGUCGGCGUGGCACAUUGCCCCGGGAACAUCAUCGCCACCUUGACCCACAGCACAAGUGACUUGG